UAUCUCUUUAUGUCUAUGACUAUGAGUAUUUAUUCGUGAUAAACGCCCACUUUAACGUUUGAGGUCAAACACGAUGCCUUUAUUCUGAAGGACGUAGGCCGGAAGUGUUGUAAAAACAAAGUGACCGACGGCAGGAUGGCAAAGCUCAGCCGCGCUACUGUAUGCUUUGCUUUUAGAAAAAUGAUCUUGUUAGCGGUUUGCGUUUCUCUUUCGUGUCUACCGUUUUUUUCCUCAGCCAACAGAAACGACAGCAUAAAUGACAGACCCAUUAUUGGUGUUCUGGCUCAAGAUGUGCAUUCACCAACACCCAAUCGCACUGCUUACAUCGCUGCUUCUUAUGUCAAGUUUCUGGAGUCGGCAGGAGCGAGAGUUGUUCCAGUCAUGAUUAACCAGACACUGGAGGAGUAUAAGACACUGUUUAACUCUCUUAAUGGGAUCCUCUACCCAGGCGGAGGUGCCAGCAUUAUCUCGUCUGGUUAUGAAAGAGCUGCAAAAAUCUUUUAUGAGCUGGCUAUUGAGGCAAACCAGAGAGGCGACUAUUUUCCCGUGUGGGGCACCUGUCUGGGAUAUGAGCAGCUGACCUAUUUGACUAGUGGAAAGUUAGUACUGUCACAUACGAAUACAAGUGGAGUGUCAUUGCCUCUGAACUUCACUGAUGAUGCCAAACUCAGCAAGAUGUUUAAGGGCUUCCCAGCUGAACUCAUGAAAGAUCUGGCUUCGCAGCCACUGACAGAAAACUCGCACAAGUGGAGUUUGGCGGUGUCGACUUACAACGUAAAUGAGGAGCUGAAGAAGUUUUACAAAGUUCUCUCUACAAACACAGAUGGAAUAACAGAGUUUGUGUCGACAGUGGAAGCUUAUGAUUACCCAAUUUAUGGGACACAGUGGCAUCCAGAGAAAAAUGCAUUUGAGUGGACGAGGCCUUACAUUCCGCAUUCUCCAUCAGCCGUCAAGACCACCUUCUACAUGGCUGAAUUCUUUGUCAGUGAAGCCAGGAAGAACAUGCACAAAUUUGAAUCCAAAGAGGAGGAGAGCAAAGCACUGAUAUACAACUACAGUCCUGUGUACACUGGGCCCAACGGUGUCUUUGAGCAAAUAUACUAUUUCUGAUUUAUUCUUAUGUGUCUGCUGAUUGCUUUUCCUUUUCUGCAGCUGAUUAGCUGUUUCAAUCAGAGGACGGGAUUAAAUAACGUCAAAUAAUGGUGAGUGGAUGCUGUAGUUAGGUUUACAGCUGAGUAAUGCAAUUUUAAGUUUUUUGCCUGAACCAAAUCAAACUUUAAACACAGCCGUAACAGAUCAGCAAACAAUCGCAUUAAUAAUUUUUAUAACAAUCCCAUUGUGUGUAAUUGUAAGGGAAACUAUGUUGUUCUGCUAAAAAAUGUUCAUGUUGUUUUGGAAGGCAAUACCAAAGAUAUAUUUGUGCUUAAGUUUGAAGGACUUGUUGACCAUAAUUAGAAAAAUAGAAGGUGUUAAAACCUGCAGUACAAGCCACUUAUCUCUGUCACUUACUGGUUCCAAGGGUCAAGUGGCAAAAGGGCACACAGCCUUUCAGACUCCAAUCAGCUCCCAAAGCGCAGCCUGUUAUUUUCUGCUUCUGCAGUUAAAAAAAUACAAAAAAACAAAACAAAACAAAAACCAACAUCUUCAUUGCAUAUCAACUAUUCACAGCCUUUGUGGUUCUCUAUUGUAUAAAAUCAUAAAGAGAUGCCUCU